AUGGAAGAAAGAGCAGCUGAUUUAAAAGAAUUACCAAGUAUUUUAGGAGUGAAACAUGAACAAUCUGAGAAAACCAAUGCAUAUAUUGCCAAUGUAAUUUCAACUGGAAACAUAAACCCAGAGGGAUUUACAGAAUGUUCAUCUUUUUAUGACACAAAACCACAUUUAUUUUCCACAUCUGAAAACAAAAAUCCUGAUGUACUAUCAGAAUUUAAAACAAGUGAAGACCAAAAAUCUUUUGAAGAUGUAAAACCUGAUGUUUUAAAAGUAGAAGUAAACUUUUUGCCAGUGGCAAAUCUAAAUGAAAAUCUUUCUCACAUAAAGACAGAGAUAUUAAAUAAUAUAGAAGAGGUCAAGGAUACGUUUAUAAACAUGGAUAAUUCAAUAUUUGAUCAGUCAGAGUUGUUACAGAAAUGUAACAAUCAAAACUUAACUAUUUUAAAGCAUAGAAGUCUUCUAGUAAAAUGUGAAGAAACACACACAGAUGUAAGAUUAAAUGAGCAUGAUCUAUGCGAUAAAAUUUUUUCUAGAAGUGCUCAUUUGAAAAGAAAUAAUUUAACUCAUUCUGAAGAGAAGUCACAUGACUGUGAUGUGUGUCAUAAAAAGUUUACAAGAAGCACAAAAGGUUACAUGAGUGUUAUGUGUGUCAUAGAAAGUUUGUUACAAGGAUUUACCAAAAAUCAACAUGAAGCUAUUCAUUAUGGAAAAGUACCAUAUAAGUGUGAUGUGCGUCAUCAAGGGUUUUCUUAA